AUGUCCAUGAUCUCCCAAUCCAGUGGAAUCAGCGCCGUCGGCCGCGUCGAUUUCUUCACGUCGAUCAACUUGCCAUCGUGGAAGUGGAAUGCUUUGCCACACAAGGCCUUCCGUUCCAGCAUGGCGUCGUUGGUCGACUCGUUGUCUUUCGUCGCAAUUGCUGGGGAUGCUGCCAUAGGCGACGAGCCUGUGGCAGCAUCUUCUUCAACCUGGGGGUGCUGGCCCAUGGAUCGACGAUAUCGUAUAAUCGGGGCCGAUUUGCGCCGAACGAGCUCUUUCUCCACCAAUUGCUUCUCCAUUUCGCGAUCGAACACGAGUUGUCGCCGCUGCUCGGACGUCCGUCGUGGGGUGGACGAUGCAGCUGGAGAGGUGUCGGUGGGUGGAAACAUGCUUCGAAUCUCUUGCUUGGUGAGGCGCAUAGAUGGCUGGUAA